AUACCUGUGUGGAGUUUUUCUGAGGAGUGUCCAGAGCAAAGUUCACCACACUGCACUUUCUUUAUGGAGUCCUUACUUCAGCCCUACAAACACAAGCCACAACAGACACUGUCAACUCAAACUGCUCCCUGGAGGCUGGAUGAAAGACUUGCUAGAGGCCUGAAAACCAAGAAGCAGACUUUGUUGCCAGAAGGCAUGAGGGCCUCUUGGCUGGGUCCAGUAUUCCAGGCUGAUGGCCCUGAUCUCUGCGAUGUGCUGAGGGCUCUGCUAGAUUUGGUAGAUCAGCACUGGAGCGGCCCCCUCUCUCUCCAUCUCAGCCCCAGCUUCAUGGCUAAAGCAAUUCGCCUUCUAAUGCCUCUGACUGACCCUGUUCCACCACUCCAAAAUGAGACCACAAAAGAAAUAAACAAUGAACGGAAUGAAAUGGAGGACAGUAGAGAACAAUGGCAUGUGAGGAAUGCAACUCAAGAAAAGAGAGAACAAGAGAAUAAGCAGAUUGGAGUGGAGGAGAGGAGAUGCUGGAGACAGAGCAGGUUGGACUUUGAUGUUAGUGAAGCUGGCUACCUCAAAAAACAACUUGCCAAAACUGAGAAGGAACUGGAAUUACUGAAGAAAAGAUUAAUCUCCUCUGUAAAGGAGAACUACACUCUGAGAUCAGACAACAAGAAGGUCACUGCAUGUUGGAAAACUGAGGUUCAGCCAUUGGACCUUUGUGCAUACCUGCAGAAAGAAUCAGAAGUCCUUCAAGAGCAUGACAAACUCUUAAAGCAACUGGAACAGACAUUAUAUCUUCUACAAAGCAACCAAAGAGUCAAAGGAUGAUGACUGUGAGAGAAUAUUCCCUGGCCUCCACGGAGGAAAGUGUGCUAAAGUAUCAUCCUCUAGAGCUCCAUCUACCAUCUUUGAGUAUUGCCAUUGUGAUGGUUAAAGGAUGUCGACUGAAGUAAUGUGUCAGUUUUGAAGAGCCAGUUCCUACAGUAGUAACAAACAAGCCAAUAUUAUUAUCUGCCAUGUAUUUCGGAGGAUCAUUACAGAAGAUUAGGGAACAUUAUUCCAUUUAUUAACUAAAUUAGGUUACCUUGAGAAUGGUUGUUUUUGUGAUUAGCCUAAAAAGGCAAUGAGUCAAUGGCUUGACCUUGUUUCUGUUCCAGAACAAGCUCAUUAUCUUAAAGAGGAAUCUAUAAACACUGGAAUAUGAAAAUUGAAUACUAGUCAGUAUCUCACCCAUCAUAACAGAUAGAUUUCAGAAGAUUAACUAUGUUUGCUUUAUGGUAAAAGUUGACAUUCCACAGUGAAAACUCUGCUGAUCACAACUGACAAACACAAACAGAAUGAACUACCAAAAUAAACCUAUAUCCAGUUUAUUACUUGAGGUCCUGGCGUCCAUGUCAUAAAUCAGUGAUUUAUUGGCAUUCACAGAUUUGGAAGCACAUUCAUGGUCACUUGUCAUGUGAUUAUGACAAGUAUGGUAGCAAAUAACAUGGACAGCUGCCAAAGCAUUACUUUCUUUGUCUGAAAUAUUGAGUAAAUGAUGUUCUGGUCAGUAAGUUUCCUAAUUCUAUGAAUAGAUUUUAAGUGAACAUCUUCUACACAUUCUGCACUUUUUAAUUCACAAUUACUGCUCAUUUGCGCAAAAAGUGAGUUGCAAAAAAGCUAAAAGAUAUGUUUAAUAUUCAGCAAAUAUA